AUGUUCUGUAUCUUCUACUCGAUCCUUGGUAUUCCUUUGAUACUCCUAACAAUGGCGAAUUUUGGGAAAUUCAUAACAAAAGGAUUUUGGUAUUUGAUGUAUCUCUGUAAACUACCUGUUGCUCGUUCCAAACUGAGCACUGACGCGAACAUGCCGCUACCUAUUAUUCUUUUGUUGUUUGCGUGCACGUUUUACUUCGGAUCGAAAUUUAUCCAUCACACAGGCGUUCGGCAUAGUGUUGAUGAUGUGUACUUCAGCUUCAUCAGCUUCACAACCGUUGGUUUUGGUGACACGUUGCCGGUGACGGACAGCGUUGGUCGGCUGUGCUUUAUGUUGCUCUAUCUGACCUGGGGCAUCAUGCUCACGACGGCUCUCUUCGGAGUGCUCAACCAGUAUCUGAGAAAAUCGCAGGUGAUAUUGGGACGACGUUUCACGGUUGCAUCACGCGAUGUUCUGCUAGUCUGGAUGGUGGCUUCUCCGCGUGAAGUACGUUCGAUGUUGCAGGACCUCGACGAGAUUAUCACCAGUGCUACGGCCGAGAAAACCGAAAGCGUGCCCCUUGUCACGGAAAUCGAAGACUUCGAUAUUUAUGAGUAG